AUGGUCACCAGUAUUCUACGCCCCACCGUAUACCAUCCUGUACAGCGUAUUUCUACGCGUAUUUUAGGCAGCAGGUGGGCCCGGCCACCGGCAAUCUUGGCUACAUUCUUGGUGUCUGGUCUGAUGCAUGAGGUCAUUUAUUAUUAUUUUUCACGUGCAUAUCCUACUUGGGAAGUAACAUGGUUCUUUGCUCUACAUGGGAUAUGUGUAACCGUUGAGGUGGCGGUGAAAAAGGCGUUGGGCGGCCGUUGGCGGUUUCACAGGCUGGUUUCGGGGCCGUUGACGGUGGCGUUUGUGGGAAUCACCGGCGCGUGGUUGUUUUUUCCACAGGUGAUUAGGUAUGGUUUAGACCAAAGGGCCAUAAGCGAGUAUUCAAUUUUGGUACAAUUUUUAUGUGAAAGGCUGCAAUACUGA